ACGGACCAUCUUUCCUGCUUCGUCAAUAUGGCGGCGAUGUUGGUACCGCUGAAAUGCGGCUGUAACUUUCAGAAAAGAAAACUAGCAGUUCUCCUGCGACAGACAAGCUCAUACCACAUCUGGAAUAAAAGUCACAGUGCCAGCGGCAGCGACCAUAAACGUCAAAACCCCAGUACGUUAAUUUGUUCCCCACACUUACGAACUGCGGCAUGGAGCACAAACAGGAAGGACUGUGGUCGGAUUUUGGACGCAGCCAAACAUUUGCAGCUAAUAGACAAACGAACAUGUUGGCAUGGAAAUGCAGGAGGACGCCUCAAUGCCGAUCCGCAGAACGUGCUGAAGGAGGUGAAUUCAGCCAAAAUUCUCUCUGCGAUGCUGUCAUAUGUGUGGCCGAAGGAUAGACCAGAUCUGCGUGCCCGCGUUGCUGUUUCACUGGGGCUGCUGGCUUGCGCCAAGAUCACCAAUGUGACGGUGCCCUUCAUGUUUAAGUAUGCAGUGGACGAGCUUAACCAGAUGUCGGGACACAUGCUGAACCUAAGUGACGCGCCAAGCACUGUGGCUACCAUGGCAACGGCUGUGCUGAUUGGCUAUGGUGUGUCACGGGCUUGCUCGGCCCUCUUCAAUGAGCUGAGGAACACUGUGUUCGGCAAGGUGGCCCAGAGUUCCAUCCGGCGCAUCGCCAAGAAUGUCUUCCUCCACCUGCACAAUCUAGAUCUGGCUUUCCAUCUGAACCGACAGACAGGAGCCCUGUCCAAGGCCAUCGACCGCGGCACACGGGGCAUCUCCUUUGUUCUCAGCGCCCUGGUCUUCAAUCUUGGCCCCACCGUCUUUGAGAUGGGCCUCGUCAGUGCCAUCUUGUAUUACAAGUGUGGUGGACAGUUUGCAGCAGUGGCCUUGGGCACCUUAUCCGCAUACACCGUUUUCACCGUCCUCUUCACUCAGUGGAGGACUCGUUUCCGGAUACAAAUGAACAAAGCGGAUAAUGAAGCAGGCAACGCAGCCAUCGACUCCCUCCUCAACUAUGAGACCGUUAAGUACUUCAACAAUGAGAAGUACGAGGCUGAAAAGUAUGAUGGAUUUCUGAAGACUUAUGAGUCAUCCUCUUUGAAAACUACAUCCACACUGGCCAUGCUCAACUUUGGCCAGAGUGCCAUCUUCAGCAUCGGCCUCACCGGCAUCAUGUUGCUGGCCAGCAAAGGAAUCACAACAGGUACGAUGACGGUGGGAGACCUGGUGAUGGUGAACGGCCUGCUUUUUCAGCUCUCCCUCCCCCUCAACUUCCUGGGCACAGUUUACAGAGAGACCAGGCAGGCUCUCAUCGACAUGAACACUCUUUUCACUCUGCUCAGCCUCGACACUAAAAUCAAGGAGAAAGAUCUGGCGCCACCUCUGGCCGUCACACCGCAGGAGGCCACCAUCCGUUUUGAAGACGUCUAUUUCGAGUACCUGGAAGGCCAGAGAGUCUUAAAUGGAGUGUCCUUUGAGGUGCCUGCCGGGAAGAAGGUGGCCAUAGUCGGCGGCAGCGGAUCUGGGAAGAGCACCAUCGUUCGCCUGUUGUUCCGCUUCUUUGAGCCCCAGCAGGGGAACAUCUAUAUAGCAGGGCAAAACAUCCGAGACGUCAGCCUCGACAGCCUGAGGAGAGCUUUGGGGAUUGUACCGCAGGAUGCCGUUCUGUUCCACAACACCAUCUUCUACAACCUGCAGUACGGGAACAUUAACGCUACAGCGGAGGAGGUUUACCAAGUGGCACGUCUAGCAGGCCUCCAUGACGCUAUCCUCAGGAUGCCCCAUGGCUAUAACACCCAGGUUGGGGAGCGGGGCCUCAAGCUGUCAGGAGGGGAGAAGCAACGCGUGGCAAUCGCCCGAGCGAUCCUGAAGAACCCGGCCAUCCUACUGUACGAUGAAGCCACGUCGUCCCUGGACUCCAUCACCGAAGAGCACAUCUUAAACUCCAUGAAGGAGUUGGUGAGGGACAGGACGUCAGUGUUCAUCGCCCACAGACUCUCCACCAUCGUGGACGCCGAUGAGAUUAUAGUGUUGAACGACGGUAAAGUGGCAGAGCGUGGCGACCACCACUCCCUCCUCAACACCCCCGGCAGCAUGUACGCCGAUCUGUGGAACACACAGCACAGCAAAAUCCUCAACAGCGGCAAGAGCUCGGCCGAGCCGCCGGCGCAGGCUCUGUCCCAGAAGGAGGAGGAGAGGAAAAAAUUGCAGGAGGAGAUCCUCAACAGUGUGAAGGGCUGUGGGAACUGCUCCUGUUGAGAGGAGUUGCCGCCGCUGCCGCCGCCGCCAUCGUCUCCUCAUCCCUCACAGAUGGUCUAUGUUGGAAUCCCUGCUCCGUGUGCUGUUGCUGUUGCAAGGAGGGGGGUGUUUCAUCCCCCAGUACCCUCUCCUGACUCCAACCAAAGCUUCCACCCAUGUGACUGCCAUCGCCCCUCCUCCCCCUCUUCACCCUCUCCCCCUUCCCCACCUCCUCCGCCUCUCCUGUGUGGAUAAAGGCAGUGAGUGUGUUCGGCUCUGGCUCGGCUCCAGAGAUGGAGCUUCACCGCCAGUUGCAUCAGCUGAAGCCAAGCAGCAGAGACCUUGUACAUCACAUAUGUGCGUGUGAGACAUCUGCUCGUCUUCCAUUGGACGGGGGAAGAGACGACGGCUACACAUACUGACUUACAUAUGCCUGGACGCAGACAGCAUAUUUGUACGAAUUACAUUUUUUUAAAUUAUUUACCAAAUAAAGUGAACCUAGUUUUUCUCUUUUA